UUUGCAUCAAACCCUUCUAUAACUACAACUUAGCUACUUCUCCCCCUUUUAACAUAUUUUUCAUCCUUUCUCUUGGAGUCUUGGUCAAUCAUCAGUCAUCAGGUUUGGAAAAUCAAGAAGAAAUGGGUUAAGCAUCUUUGGAACUCCAAUCACAGUAGCAACGCUGAGAGCAAUGCCUGAAUACCAAGGCAGCAACUCAAUAAGCCAGAAAGACCGGGCAAAGGUCGCACUCGAGAAGAUGAAUGCAGAAGGCAAGGCCAUGGAUGCUCGAAACUUCUUGGAGAAGUUGCAAACUCGAUUUGCUGAAAGUGAUACUGUGAGCACGAUGUGUAUGAUUUACAAUGCAACUGGUGAAACUAUGACUUUCGUUAUUGCUCGUGAUUGGAAGGGUCGUGUUUGUGAGUCUGCGUACCCAGUGAUCGUUGCGAAUGGGCAAUGGGGUGUCUUCUUGCAUGGCCAGUACUACAACCAGGACAAAAAUUCUAGAGCUGGCAUUGUUUACUCUGCCCUCAACAAUCAAGGGAAUGAAAAACACUGGUUUAUGGGGUUUUCUAGCUCAACUCAAGGCAGUUACAAUCAGGUGUAUGUAGAAAUUCGCGAACCAGGACACUAUGAGCAACCAGAGAGCAAGGGAAUCUGGCAAGCUCUUGACACCAAGUUGAGUAAGGGGAAUUUGGUUCAUCAGGAAAAAGAAGGAGAAGGAUUAAUAUGCGGAUCAAUCGGCAAUACUGCAAAACCAGUAUUCGAGGCAAUCAUGACACUGCCUGAAGCUAAGUAAAACAUGCCAUGCACUUGCUGUGUGGAUGUGGAUACUUAUUAUCUUACUAUUACUAUAAUCCUUUGUGAAACUAUAUUUGGGCCAAUUCGCUUGUAAACCCUAUGCUAGUGCACUUGAUGCUUAGUACAUGCCCUUAAGGCUCGGUUAAAUAAGGCCCUCUUUCAUUAUGUUGUUUUUUCAACUCUACCGUGUGUACUUCCAGCUAUACGCUGGGAUUGCUUCUUUUUUCCCUUAUAAAUAAUAUGUGUCCUAUGCUUUAA